UCGCGCACCCCUUGCGCACCCCAACUAUACCAGCUGCUUCCUACGCUGCAUCCCAGCACGAAAUAAUGGCUUCUAACAUUGCGACACAGAAGCUCUCCCCGGACGAGGCCCGUCUCUUCCGCCUCUACGGGAAACUGCCCAACAAGAAGGACCUGCUGCAGAAUAAGUUGAAAGAGCGCAAGUACUUCGACAGCGGCGACUACGCGCUCUCCAAGGCAGGCAAGGCCUCAGACAUCGGCGUCACGUCCAUCGGCCGCGAGCACCCCGUCCCCGAGAAAAUCCCGCACAUCGCGCCGCCUGCGCACAACAGCCAGAACGGCCAGACCCAGACGCAGAAUGGUCAGGAGAAAGGCCACACCAGCGGCAGCCCCGUUAAGGAGAACACUUUCCUGCACCGCGAGACGAGCCUGAACCGGGAGACGUCGGCUGAGGAUUUCGAGCGGGGCGACGACAAGGAGGACGCUGCUCAGGCAUAGUCAUUCUCCGGCUGUGCUCGAGAUUGGGCGAUGUGAGUCACGUGAUAGCCAUGCUCGCCAGAGUUGUGCUCAUCUCAGCCAGCGUUACCACAGUUUGGUCGAUCUAUCUUCGUUUCGUCAUGUA